GAGGAAAUGAUCAGUUCAUCACAAAUAUUUUUGCCUACAUUCUUGUAGCUAGCUUAAAGAAGUGUGAGAAAAAUGGGUGUAACUGGAAAAAUGAUCAUCCAAGCAGAUACCAAAUGCAACGGAGAUGUUGUUUACGAACUCUUAAGGUACAGGCCAAAUGACUUGUCGAUUGUAGCCCCUGAUCACGUUCAAGGUUGCAAUUUACAUGAAGGCCAAUGGGGUGCCAUUGGAUCCAUCACCACCUAUACCUAUCUCAUUGGUGGGAAGCCACAAGCUUCGAAAGUAGUUAUUGAAGCCGCUGAUGAUAACAAAAAGUCAAUAACAUUCAGGGCAAUUGGAGGAGAAACGAUGCAGGUAUACAAAAGCUUCAGAUCGACUGCAUAUGUUAAGCAAAACGAUGAAAAGAGUUUGGUGACAUGGACCUUUGAGUAUGAGAAGAUGCGCGAAGGCAUCCCUGACCCGGAUGCACUUGUUGAUAUUACUUAUAAGAUUACUAAUGCUAUGGACUCUCUCCAGCUUCAACCCCAGUAGCAAUGAUAUUUGACAACCAUAUAUGAAGUGUUAUAUACGGUGGAAGUCUACAAGAAAUAUGCUACUUUAUAUAUGAUGACAAUAAAAAUGGUUUGCAAGUUACUUAUAUAUGUAUGGUUUCUUUUUUAUUAUGUUUGUUUAAUGGUGAUCGAUGCAUUUGUAAUUUGUACUCAAAAGAAUGCUACAUUAGCAAGAUUUUCAUACCAAA